AUGUCGGCAUCUGUCGGUGACCAGCAGCGGCGACACCGGUGCUGCUCGCUGCCCACGCCAGGACACGCGUGUUGUGUGCCCGCCGUGGAGCCUCCCGUGCCGGGGGUUACCGGCGGUACAGCACGGAAGGAGCUGGCACUGGGGAUGCUGGCGGUGCAGCACGGGGAGAGCGGGCGCUUGGGGCUGCCGGGGCGUGGGGGCGGUACCGGCGGUGUCGGGGUACGACUCGGGGGCUGGGGGCGGUGCCGGCCGCUCCGGAGCACGGCCGAGAGGCGGCACCGGAGCCGCCGCGGUGCCGGAGCCGCUGCGGUGCCGCUCGGGGGCGGGCCGGGCCCGGCGGCCGUUCCGCCCCCCGCGCUGCGGCCGGGGCUCGGCCCCGCUCCGUCCCGCGGUGCAGGGAGCCGGGCCGGUGCCAGGGCCGCGCCCGGCCGGGCCGCAGCCCCCGCCGCCAUGGCCCGAGUCUCGGCGAUGAUCAGCCCGGUGCUGGUGCUCUUCGGCUGCGACCUGUGCUUCGUGCGAGCCAACAGGCCACCGUCCCCUGUCAACGUGACUGUGACGCAGCUGAAGGCGAACUCUGCCACAGUCUCCUGGGAUGUACCAGAAGGAGAUGUGGUCAUCGGCUAUGCCAUCCUCCAGCAGAGGCAGGAUGGGCAGAUGCAGCGCUUCAUCCGGGAGGUGAAUACCACCAACCGUGCCUGUGUGCUGUGGGACCUGGCAGAGGAUGCUGACUACAUCAUCCAGGUGCAGAGCAUUGGCCUGUAUGGGGAGAGCCAGGCUAGCAAGCGUGUCCACUUCCGCACCCUGAAGGAGACCGACCGCCUGCCUUCCAACAGCUCCAACCAAGGUGACAUCACCAUGGAAGGGCUGGACAAAGACCGGCAGCUGCAGACAGGCGAGAUUAUUAUCAUUGUGGCUGUGCUGCUGAUGUGGGCAGCGGUGAUCGCCCUGUUCUGCAGACAAUAUGAUAUCAUCAAGGAUAAUGACUCCAACAACAACAAGGAGAAGACAAAGCCCUCCUCAGAGCACAGCACGCCAGAGCGGCCGAGUGGAGGGCUGCUGCGGAGCAAGAAGAAAUCUCCCUCGGUCAAUAUCAUUGAGGUGUAAGUGCAACACCAGCUCUGCCGUCUGGGAUUUCGGCUGUCCUGCCAGAGCCACAGCAGGCCUUGGAAGAAGAGGCAGCACCAGGAGCAUCGCCUGGAACUCAGCAUGCGACGAUCCAUGUACCAGAACUCCCGCUUUCCUGAGGGCACCUGUCUGCGGAUGUGCACGGAGCAGGCUCCCAGACAUGCAUGCAGAGCGUGGCCCUGCCCAUCCCACCCGGCCCUUCUCCCCUCCGGGACAAGCAUGACCUUGAGGAUGGGUGGGAGGGAGCCAGGGGGACCCGAUGGUCUGAGGCACGGCCUGAGGGGAGCCCGCGUCCCUGUGCACCGCCUCGGCCAAGGCCUGGGCUGCAGCUGAGGCACGGGCCUGAGGGGAGCCCGCGUCCCUGUGCACCGCCUCGGCCAAGUCCCGGGCUGCCGCUGAGGCACUGCAUGGCUGCCCGGCACAGGGGCAGACCUUGCCCUCAGCUGCCCGUUUGGCCUUGGGGUUGCUGCAGAGAGCAGGAGCUGCUCCCAUCAGGGCCCCGGAGCUGCAGGAGCAGGGCAGUGCGGGCACUGCCCCAGCAUUGCCAGGAGAGCUGCGGCCUGCAGGAGGGUUUGUCUGUGGGGCCGGGCCCAGCCAGCACUGGGGAUGAGUGCAUUGCUGCUGGAGAACAGGGCUCCACUGUACUCUGUCAUGGCUGUGCAGGGCCUUCAAAUUCUCUGUGUACUGCAGAGGACAAAGACAUGAGGGACGAUGAGGGGCUGGUGCUGUCACAGUGCCUGGCAGCCCACAGAGCCUGCAGCAGGGCAGGCAGUGCAGGGCUGGGGGAGCGGGCACUGUCAGGGCAUGGCUGUGGCUGCGCUGUGUCCCCACAAGGGCUCGGUGCUGGCACAUGCAGGCUGCUUGAGGGGAGCUGCCAGGAACUUUCUGAGCAGUAUGGUGCCUGUGCUGCCUGGAGGAGACAAAGCGGUGAGGCCUGCAAGGUCUCCAUUGGAGGGAAUGGGGUGAAAUGAGGAGGCUCCCUGCUGCCCUGGCUGCUGCUCUCCCUCCAUGUUCUGCUCUGCAGCCUGCCACAGACAGGCUCUGCAGCCCUGGACUCAAGCAUCACAGGAUCCAGUGUCUUCCAGGAAUAAAUCUCCCAGUAAAAGCACUUUCAGGACUGUUCCUUCCAGGUGCUGCUCAGCUCCUGCUGCAGGACUAGGCAGGGAAGGAACAGGAUAAGCAACUCCUGUGGCAGGGUCUUUUCAAUAAAAGCAUCCUGGCUCAAAGGCAGCAUCAGA